AACUGCACUAAAAAUUGUGCCGCAUCGUCUGGCGCCAUGGAGCCAACGCCAGCUCCGGCGCAAACACUCACCCCCUCCGCUCCAGCGCCGUCCGAACUGCAGCAGCAGCCUCUACCACCAUCUCCCCAACCAACUCCUUCUUCUUCUUCUUCUCCUUCUCCCUCAUCAAUCCCCUCUUCCCCGAACCCUAACCCUAGCCCCCCAAUCUCCCAACCACAGCCACUGCAACUCUCCGUGCAGAACUCCCAAGCAAGGCCGCCUUUCAGCCGGCCAUGGCAGCAGCCACCCUCACAUUUCCAGCACUUCUCCCCCCAUCUCCAGUCAAUGCCGCCUCCUCCUCCUCAGUCGUCUUCCUCCUCGACUUCGCCUUCGCCUCCGCCCGUUCCGCCAUUCUCUUCCUCUGGUCCAUCGUCCGUACCGGCGCCGUCGGGACCGAGGGGUGGGAUGGCCAUCGGAGUCCCUGCGCACCACCCGAGCCCUACGCCGGCCUCCACCUCGUUUUCAUCUCUCGGUCCACCGGCUUUUGGGCAGCAAUUUGGCGGGUUGGCUCGCAACCCGGUUGUGUCGGAAUCUGUCACUAACCCUAGCUCAUCACAGCCUAGACAACCUAUCCAAGGAAUGGGCAGUGUGGGUUCAUUUGGUUCAGGUCCUCCAAUCCGGCCUGGUGGGAUUGCUGUACAUCAUCAGCAGAGACCUCUCCAAUCAUCUGUUAGACCACAAAGCACGCAAAACAAUCUGUCCUCUACUUCCCAAAGUUUCCAAGGGCAUGGCUUGUUAAGGGUUGCAACAGGUGGAUCUCCAGUUUCUCCAUCACCUAGUACAUCACAAAGUAUGCAGUCUCAUAAUCAGCCUUGGUUGUCACCUGGACCACAAGGGAAGCCUCCUUUGCCACCAACAUCAUUUAGACCGCAAAUUAAUCAACAAUCUUUGCAGCAGAGAUCUCAUAUCCCUCAGCAACAUCAUCAUCCAAUUUUGACAGCGUCACAGCAACCACAAACAUCAACCUCCCAACAACCACAACAGCCAUCGUCCUCGCUUGCAUCACAAGACCAUCAUGGGCAGCAAUUUCAAUCUUCAAGAAUUGCACAGUCAUUAUCCCAUCAACAACAGUUUCCGAGGGGUCCAGGAUUUGGCAACUCGAAACCUUCCUCUAAUACAGUUGUGCAGCCCAGCACAAUGUCUUCAGGCGUCCCUGGUAAAGUAGGGAACAUAGAUACUCUUGAACCCUGUGAUAGGAUUCUAAGCAAAAGAAGCAUUCAAGAGCUGCUAAGCCAGAUUGAUCCAUCAGAGAAAUUGGAUCCCGAAGUAGAGGAUGUUCUUGUGGAUAUUGCUGAGGAAUUUGUUGAGUCUAUCACAACUGCAGGUUGCGCAUUGGCCAAACAUCGAAAGUCGACUACAUUGGAAGCAAAGGAUAUACUUCUACAUCUGGAGAGAAACUGGAACAUGACUCUUCCCGGAUUUAGUGGAGAUGAGAUUAGAACUUACAAAAAACCAUCUACAAAUGAUAUUCACAGAGAGCGACUUGCAGUGAUAAAAAAAUCAAUCACCUCUGCUGACCAAGCAAGUAGCAAGACCUCUACUGGACAAGCUGCUGGAACUGCCAAAGGUCAUUUGGGAAAGGCACCUAAUGUUCUUGGUUCCCCCAACCCCAAGAUGCGGGAAUCUGCAUGAGCUAUUUACUCUUUUGCUGGAUUGCAUAACUUAUUUUGCUGUGAAGGUUAAGUUUCUCAAAGGAAGCAGGUGAUGGUGUCACAGGUGGAUUUGUCACUUGGCGUGUAGCAUAAAACUGGUUUUUUUUUUUCUUUUUUUUUUUUUUUUGGGGGGGGGUUUGAAAUAACUAGUCAAGGAAGCCAAGUCGGUGCCUUAGCUUGUUGCAAUUGGACAAGCAUGAAGAAACUGCAGAAAGUCAGAUCUGGUGUCUUUGAAAUCUCUUGCCGUCCUCCAGGGACGUACUCAACCGCAACUCAGUUUGAUCUUAUCUUCAGUUGCUUCAGUGCGAUAGAACCCUUAAUCCACAGAAGACAAUUGUAAAACGGGUCCUAUUCAUAGUGGCCAGUCCAGUCUAAAUUUUGAUGGUACAUUUACCCAACUGUUGGAAUACUAUCAAGGCAAUAUAGGUUAGUUUGGUUUAUGGAUAUGAUGUUUCAUGGCAGUAGUGAUGUACAAAUAGAAAUGGAUGGAGAUCGAGAAAACCUGCUUGGUUAUGAACUCAUGAUGUUUCUUGGAUAAAGAUUGUAUGUAACAACUCUGAUAUAAUGUCUCUGGCUAAAGUUUUCCUUU